AUGUCUGAAAAGCUGGAGAAUGAAAUCCAAGGCCCAGGAUUCUAUAGUGUCACUCAUCAGUCUGCAGAGAUCAACGGCACCUCAUUGUCAAAGAAAGGAACAGCAUACUUCCCUUCACUGGUUCCAUGCACUACAUGCAAGAAAAUCUCCAACUAUCCAGCUGCGAAUGCCUACAAGAUCCUGUCAUGUUUUCAGCCCAAGCAAGACUUCAGCAAGGAAAACCCGAGCAUGUUUCAACACCCCAUUGCUAGGUCGAUUGAGAAAAUCCCCACUCCAGCACACAAUCAAUGCUAUGUAAGUAGAUUUGCCAGGGAGGACAAGGAUGGGGGCGGGUCACAGCUAAUGUAUAAUGUUUGUGAAGUGAUGUUUGAUGUUCCAGAAGACACUAGAACUAGCUGUAACCUACCUGGUUUGGGUGCAGCUCUCAGGGUAGCUGCAACAGCCCAGACCUUUGCACCAGACCUCUAUGGAUUUCUGCAAGCAAAGCAACUACGUUUCUGGCCAGACAGUGUUUAUGUCCCAAACCACAAGAGGAUUAAAUUUGGAAAAAUUUGGAAAACGGCCUUCUCCAUGUACAAGAGCCUUGAACUGGGAGGAAAGACGUUGCUGGUGAUUUUGGUUCUGAUCAUCCAGGGUCACUACGACAUCAACGAUUCCCUCAUCAAGGUGUCUCCCAAGGGUAUAACAUCCUGCUUCAAGUCAAAGACCUCCCGCCUAACAAGGAUGCAGGAAUUCUGCUUGACUCUCUCUGCUCCAGCCAUCCCACCUUGUAAAGAUCCUCCUUCGCCUGGGCCCAGGCAAUACAACCCUGUGGAUUACAAAGGGUCUCCAAAGCAGGACUGCUCAAGGCAGACUGCGUUUGUCUCAAACACAGGGCAAUGGACAGAGUGUGGAUAA